AUCAUCCUGUGGGGUCGAACUGAGAAAUGCCUGAAGGAGACCACAGAGGAAAUCAGGAUGAUGGGGACAGAAUGCCAUUAUUUCAUCUGUGACGUUGGAAACAGAGAGGAAGUCUAUCGGCAAGCCAAAGCUGUGCGGGAGAAGGUGGGUGACAUCACUAUCCUAGUGAACAAUGCUGCUGUGGUCCAUGGUAAAAGUCUGAUGGACAGUGAUGAUGAUGCACUGCUCAAAUCACAGCAUAUAAACACCCUGGGACAGUUCUGGACCACCAAAGCGUUCUUGCCAAGGAUGCUGGAGUUGCAGAAUGGACACAUAGUUUGCUUGAACUCUGUCCUGGCCUUGUCAGCCAUCCCUGGUGCCAUUGACUACUGCACCUCCAAAGCUGCUUCUUUUGCCUUUAUGGAGAGCCUGACCUUGGGGCUGCUGGACUGUCCUGGAGUGAAUGCCACAACAGUGCUGCCCUUCCACACGAGCACAGAGAUGUUCCAGGGCAUGAGAAUCAGGUUCCCUAAUCUUUUUCCUCCUCUCAAGCCAGAGACUGUGGCUAGGAGGACAGUGGAAGCUGUGCAGAUGAAUCAAGCCUUCCUGCUCCUUCCAUGGACAAUGAAUGUUCUGGUCAUCCUGAAAAGCAUUCUCCCUCAGGCAGCACUUGAAGAAAUCCACAAGUUUUCUGGGAGCUACACCUGCAUGAACACUUUUAAAGGACGAACAUAGACUUGGUGGUGGAAGGACUGUUCUUCAGUGAAACCAGCACAAGCAUGAAAAUCCUGACAGGGCUGUGAAUCAGCAGUCUUGGCUUGUAGCCUGUUCAUGUGACUCGCGCUGCUUUGAGGCAACACAUUUCUUGCAGGUCAUAUCCAUAGAAACAUGACCUUUGCACAGGAUUUAAUGACCAGACUAUGGACCCUUGGCAAGAAAAACAAAAAGUGUGAAAUGUUUAUGUGAUGUUAAAUUCUUUAGGGUUCGAUUGUUAAAUCUGCUCAUAGUUUUAAGAUGUAAUUUUUGUUUCUAAAGGGCUGUCUCAGCUGAGAGGCAGCAUGUUACACCCCAGGCUUCGUUCGUUGCCUUCGGAGGAACUGCAUUGCAAACUGACACUGAUUACAUUUCAGCUUUUUGAAUGGGGAACUUUAAAAAUGAAGAGCUACAAGUCGUGGACAUUGAAUGGAAGCUUUCUUCCCUUCCUUCGCUUUAUAUUUGUUGAUGAAGCCGUUCCCAAGUCAUGUCAGGGAAGGAGCAAACUGCUGUUCUCUCUGUGAAAAACUCCCCAGGUCUUUUCUCUGCAAGGAUUGCUCUGUGCCCAGGAAAGCUGUCUUACUGCACCCAUGAAGGCUGGACAGCAAUGCUCGGUCAGAAGAGCAUACAGUUUGAAUCGUGGAAGAUUCCUUCUGUCAUUGAGCUCAUAUAUGGAAUGUAAUUGUCUUUCUGAAUAUUUUUGUUCAUUUAUGAUGAAAUAUAUAUAUUUUUAGCAUUAAUUCCAGAUUGCCACGCAUGUAAGACAGCAUCACAUGGGGGUAAACUAAAUCUAGAGCCUGCUUGUACAAAAACACAUUCAGUGACAUAAUCCAUACAGAGUAAAAUCCGUUGUACUAAUCUGCACAAUGAAAUAAGUGGAAUAAUUCUCUGAAAAUGGAAGAGACAGUGCUGUAGUGCUCAUGAAAUGUGGAGUUUGGAAGCACAGUUAGCAAAGGCCUGAUUAAAUGCAUGUUGAAUUCAACUGGGAAUAUACCCAUUGUUUUUUAGAGACAUUGAAUCAGGCACUGAUCAGCCAAAAGUGAUAAAUACUGCUUGCACUGAAAUGCCAGAAGCAGCUAGAUGUUAUUUAUUUUUAUAAUGAUAGACUCUUUGACAGCCUAGCAAGAGCAACACUGCAUUCCAGUGCCAGAUGCAGUCUGCAUCCAAGCCUAGGCAUAGUCCUGUAGUUGAAACGUAUUGAAACACUGCUACUAAAAGAGGAAUUAGUAUCGUUGCAAUUCAGGAAAAUCACAAGCCAGCCUGGAGAACACCUGAAUGAACACCUUUUCCUCAAGGAAAGCCACGUGGUU